CCGCGGUGACUGUGGUCCUGAUGGCUGCAGCGGCGGCCCUAGCAGCGGCCGAAACCCCUCCUGCCAUGCCGCAGGCGGCAGGGGCCGGAGGGCCUACGGCCCGUCGUGACUUCUACUGGCUGCGCUCCUUCUUGGCCGGAGGGAUUGCCGGAUGCUGCGCCAAAACAACGGUUGCUCCUUUGGAUCGAGUAAAAGUUUUAUUACAAGCUCACAAUCACCAUUACAAGCAUUUAGGGUACUGAUAUUUUCCAAGCCAAAAUCUUGGAAUCAUGGAAGAGUAUUUUCUGCAUUGCGGGCCGUUCCCCAAAAGGAAGGAUACCUUGGAUUAUAUAAAGGAAAUGGUGCAAUGAUGAUUCGAAUCUUUCCCUAUGGUGCAAUCCAGUUUAUGGCAUUUGAGCAGUAUAAAACGUUAAUUACCACAAAGCUGGGAGUUUCUGGUCAUGUGCACAGAUUAAUGGCUGGAUCCAUGGCAGGUAUGACAGCAGUUAUCUGUACUUACCCUCUUGACAUGGUUAGAGUACGCCUAGCAUUCCAGGUGAAAGGGGAACACACCUAUACAGGAAUCAUUCAUGCAUUCAAAACAAUUUAUGCAAAGGAAGGUGGUUUCCUUGGAUUUUACAGAGGACUGAUGCCCACUAUAUUAGGAAUGGCUCCAUAUGCAGGUGUUUCAUUUUUUACUUUUGGUACCUUAAAGAGUGUUGGGCUUUCCCAUGCUCCUACCCUUCUUGGCAGACCUUCAUCAGACAAUCCUAAUGUCUUAGUUUUGAAAACUCACAUUAACUUACUUUGUGGUGGUGUUGCUGGAGCAAUAGCACAGACAAUAUCAUACCCAUUUGAUGUAACUCGUCGGAGAAUGCAACUAGGAACUGUUCUGCCAGAAUUUGAAAAGUGCCUUACCAUGCGGGAGACUAUGAAGUAUGUCUAUGGACACCAUGGAAUUCGAAAAGGAUUAUAUCGUGGUUUAUCUCUUAAUUAUAUUCGAUGUAUUCCCUCUCAAGCAGUGGCUUUUACAACAUAUGAACUUAUGAAGCAGUUUUUUCACCUCAACUAAAAAAAAAAUUGUGGUUUGUGGUUUAUUUUCCUUAAUAAACUCUCAGAGAAAAAUAAAAUGUUACUUUAAUUGUGAAGCAAACAUUACUUGAAGGGGGAUAUUUACCCUGUCACAGGAACCACUGACUUUACUACUUGAUUUUUUUUUUAAUUCACAAAUCAAAAUUGCUUUUGAUGCCAAUAUCCUUUCUUCUGCCAAACAUUAUACCUUUGAACAUUGAAAAAAUAUUACUAAGCUGAUGAUGCUAAUCAUAACAGGUUAUUUGAGACCAUUUUAAAGUGUUAUUUGGGAGCAAAACUAACUUAAAAUGGAGCUUAAGAGGUUGCCAUUAGCUUUAUCUUACUAUU